AUGGCUGGGUGUCUGGCCAUGGCAGACACAGGUUUCCCAGAGCGAGGGAGGCUCCGCUACCUCCCCGUGUCCCAGCCCUGCUGUGCCCUGGCACAGGGGCUCCUGUUCUCGUCCUGCUCCACGCUGGCUCCCUGCCUCUUGCCACCGCACCAGGGAAAGGGGCUCAGCUCGCCCUCCCCUCGCUGCCAUCUGGGUCGGAUCCUGCCCUCCCCAAACACCAAGGAUGCUUUGUGCACCACCCUGCGCUUCUCCUCCGUGGGCUCCCUGCCCACGUGCGGCCGGCCCCGCAGGAGCUCUGCAGACCGUAGUUCUGCCCGGGGCCGGGGACCAUUACCCGUCUGUGAUGGCCGCCAGAUGCGCGCUCCGGCAGCUACAUGUGCUGCUUUGUCUCCCGCAGGCUCCUGCUUCUGGGUCGCCGUCCUGGACGGCAACGUGGUGGGGAUCGUGGCGGCGCGGGGCAACGAGGAGGACAACACAGUGGAGCUGCGCCGCAUGUCCGUCGACUCCAACUACCGCGGCAAAGGGAUCGCCAAGGCCCUGGGCCGCAAAGUGCUGGAGUUUGCCAUGCUCAACAACUACUCCUCCGUCGUGCUGGGAACCACGGCCGUGAAGAUGGCAGCCCACAAGCUCUAUGAGUCCUUGGGGUUCAAGCACGUGGGUGUCGUCGAACAUUACGCCCUGCCGGGGAUGACGCGCUCCUUACUGGAGAGAAUGUUUUUCCAGCUCCGCUACCACCGCUACCGCCUGCAGCUGCGGGAAGAAUAAAAAAAAAAAACCCCAACUAACCAAAUGAAAAAAAAUAUUUUUUUUUCUCCUCCUCCCCCUUCAAAAAAUAAUAAAUUUCCCUUCUAUUU